AUGGAGUUCCUGAAGAUAGUGGUGUUGUUGGUGGCGUUGGCCACCGUGACUGUUGCGCGGUCCAGUUUGAUGAACCGCAUGGAUGUGGCCCCGCGUGGCUGCAAGUGGCAACGAGUGUUGGACGAAACGGGCGAAGAGGAAGCACCGGCCACGGUAACGACGGUGCUGUCCUGCAAGCUGAAGACGAUCGGCGGUACGGACACGUUGAUGCGCAACCUGUCCUCGUACCAGAUCGAACGCAUCAACUCGUUGCGGCUGGAGUGCAGUGACAUUUUGUUUUUCGAAAGUUCCCUCGAGGCAAACCAGCAUUCCGGUGCGUUUCUGGGAUCGCUGCGACGACUCCGGGACCUGAAGAUCGAGUACUGCAAGAUCAAGUACGUGCCUUCGAUGGUGUUGGCGACACUGCGUGACCUCCGGUCGCUAUCGCUCCGCACGCACAACACCGACUGGUCGGCGAUGAAUCUGGAGUUCCAUCCGGAAAGCUUCCGGGGGCUGACGGAACUAAAGCGGCUCGACCUUGCCGACAACAACAUCUGGAACCUGCCGACGGACGUGUUCUGUCCGCUGUUCUCCCUGCGCCAUCUCAACCUAACCCGCAACCGGCUAACGGAUGUGUCCCAGCUGGGUUUCUCCGACUGGGGCAACGGUCCAACGGCGCCGGGUAAGGCGUGCAACACCGGGCUGGAGGUGUUGGAUCUGUCGCACAACGAUCUGCUUGCCCUGCCGGACAAUGGUCUGUCCUCGCUCCGGUCGCUCAGUGUGCUUAUGCUGCAGGACAACCUGCUGACGGCCCUGGCCGACCGUUCGUUUGUCGGGCUCGGUUCGCUGAAGGUGCUCAACAUGUCCAGCAACAAGCUCGUGGCGUUACCGCCCGAGACAUUCCAGUCAACGCGCGAGCUGCGGCAGAUCUAUCUCCAGAACAACUCCCUGUCGGUGUUAGCGCCGGGAAUGCUCGAGGGUCUCGAUCGGCUAGAGAUCCUGGAUCUGUCCUACAACGAGCUAACGUCCGAGUGGGUGAAGCGCAACACGUUUGCCGGCAUGAAGCGACUUGUCGUGCUGGAGAUUGCCCACAACGCGCUCACCAAGAUCGACCGGCACGUAUUUCGGGAGCUGUACAGUCUGCAGAUUCUUAACCUGGAAGCGAAUCAGAUCGAAUCGAUUGCCGACAAUGCGUUCAGCGAUCUGAAGAACCUGGUCGCGCUGACGCUCUCCCACAACCGGUUGAAACGCAUCGAGCAGCACCACUUCUCGGAGCUGUACGUGCUGAACCAGCUGUACAUUGAAUCGAACAUGAUCGAAUCGAUGCAUGGUCGUGCGCUCGAGAACCUUACCAAUCUGAACGACCUGAACCUCAACGAUAACCGGCUGACGGAAAUCCCCGAAGGGUUGGGCAAGCUGCGUUUCCUGAAGUCACUCGACCUCGGCAAGAACCGCAUCACCGCGGUCAGCAAUGCGUCGUUCGAGGGACUGGAGCAACUGCUUGGUUUACGGCUGGUGGAAAACCGCAUCACGAACAUCUCGCGCGAUGCCUUCGUUACGUUGUCCUCCCUGCACGUCCUGAAUCUCGCCUCGAACCAAAUCCGUCACAUCGACCAGUCGGCGUUCAGUUCGAACCCGACGAUCAGAGCCAUCCGUUUGGACAACAACGAUCUGGAAGAUAUUAGCGGUGUCUUCACGUCCCUGCCGGCCCUCGUGUUCCUCAACGUUUCCGACAACCAGAUCCGUCUGUUUGACUAUUCCCAUUUCCCGGUUUCGCUCGAGUGGCUCGAUAUGCACCAGAACAACAUAACGGAGCUGGGCAACUAUUACGACCUGAACAACCUGCAGAUUAAGAUGCUGGAUGUGUCCUUCAAUCGGUUAACGUCGGUCGACGCCAAAUGCAUUCCCGACAGCAUCGAAACCCUGUUUCUCAACAACAACGCACUGGAAGAGGUUGCGGCCGGUACGUUCCUCUCCAAACGCUCCCUGGAGAAGGUGGUCCUGUACGGCAACUACCUGCGAAAGCUGGAAAUCGGUGCACUAGCGCUGACGCGCGUUGCCGACGACCGUGAGGUGCCCGCCUUCUACCUGGGCGAUAAUCCAAUCCACUGUGACUGCACGAUGGAGUGGCUGCAGGGCAUCAACAAGCUGGCCCAUCUGCGGCAACAUCCGCGCGUUAUGGACCUGGACACGGUGCUCUGCACGAUGGAGCACGAACGCGGGGCAAGCAUCCGGCCGCUGAUGGAUCUCCGGCCGCACGAUUUCCUCUGCCGGUACGAGACGCACUGCUUCGCCACUUGCCACUGUUGCGAGUUUGACGCGUGCGACUGCAAGAUGACGUGCCCGGACCGGUGCAGCUGUUACCACGACCACACGUGGAAGGCAAACAUUGUGGACUGUGGCAGUGCCGACUACACGGAGGUGCCGGAACAUAUCCCGAUGGAUGCGUCCACCAUCUAUCUGGAUGGGAAUGAACUGCGCCAGCUUGCCAGCCAUCAGUUCAUUGGCAAGAAAAAGCUGGAGGUGCUGUAUCUGAACGGGAGCAACAUUCGCGACGUGCACAAUCGCACCUUCAACGGUAUCCCGAGCCUGCGGGUGCUGCAUCUCGAGAACAACUACAUCAACGAGCUGCGCGGGUUCGAGUUCGAUCAGCUGACCAACCUGAACGAGCUGUACCUCGACCACAACACGAUCGCCUUUGUCGGCGAGCGAACGUUCGAAAGUUUGCGGUUCCUGGAGGUGGUCAGCCUGAGCGAUAACCGCAUCAGUGAGUUCCGGCCGUGGCAGGCGUUUGCGGCGGCUAGCGAGACCGGUUCGCUCGCCCGCGUGUCGCUGGACGGCAAUCGGUGGCGCUGUGACUGUGAAUCUCUGCGCCGGCUGCAGCGUUGGGUGCGUGGCGUCACCGGGAACUUCGAUCUGCAGCGCAUGAUCUGUGCGGAUGGUCGCGUUGUGGCGGACGCCGUUGCGUCCUGCGAUAGUCGGCAGCCCGGUACGUUCGGUGCGGAUGUUGGAGCCGGUGAGGUGGACGGUGAAGGUCCACCAGCCGUCCAUCGGACGGUGCUGCUCGGCCAUGGACUGAUCGGUGGCGGUUAUGUGCCACUGUUGGCUGCCAUUCUCGUUGCCAUCAUCGGAACGGCGCUCAUCGUGGCGUUGGCGUGCGUCUUCCGACAGGAUGUACGACUCUGGGCUCACGCACGGUACGGUGUGCGGUUAGUGAAGGACCCAAUUAUUGUCGGUGCUGGACGCAAGGAGGCGGACUCGGACCGUCUGUACGACUGCUAUCUGGUACACAGUGUGCACGACAGUGACUUUGUCGGGCGACUGCUCGGUGCUGAGCUGCAGCUGCACGGAUAUUCCGUGUGUCUUCAUCAUCGGGACGUACAUCCGGGUGCGUUCCUUGCCGACUCGCUGCAAGGUGCGGCAGAUGCCGCCCGCAAACUCCUGCUGGUCGUCUCGAUGAACUUCCUGCAGACCGAGUGGUCACAGCCGCAGUUCCGCGUGGCGCUCCAGUCCGUCAUUGAGAGCAUUCGGCCGGCGCAUCGGCGUCACAAGAUCGUGCUGGUGCUUACCGCACCGGUCGAGAUUGUGGCGAUGGAUCCCAUCAUGCAUCUGCUGAUCCGCACGUGUACCGUGGCUUGCUGGGGUGAGCGAAAGUUCUGGGACAAGCUGAGGUACGCGUUGCCGGACGUGCCGAAAGACCGCGUACCUACCAAGCUCGGUGACAUCACCCGGAGUCCGGCGAAUCUGCGCUACACACCCGCCCCGACAUCGCUCGAGCAGUGGUGCAAGAUCAGCCCGAGCGAGGGUGGAACGGGCGUCGUAGUACCGCCCGGUGGGCCCGUCCCGGUACCGGUGGCCAUCCCGCAGAGUACGCCCUCGCAGAGCACCUGCAACACGGAGGACGAAUCGUCGUCGUCCGCAUCCUCGCAACACUACGAGGCUCCGAUGAGUCAGCACUACAACAUGAGCCGAUCCAGUGCCUCACUUGGUCACGUGUACUCCACGAUACCGGAGACGCCCCAGAUGGGGCGCAACGGAAGAGCUUAUUUCGUGUAA